AUGACAGGCUGGGCGCACGGAGGCUGCCCAGACAAAGACGGGAAGUUGUGCGCUGCCCGGGCAGGGCCGGGGCCGAGCGGGGACACGGCGGGACCCGGGGGCUCCCCCAGCCCGGCAGAGAGCCCCGAAGCCGGGCACAGACCUCUCCUCCUGCUCCUCCUCCUCGCCGUGCCCGAGCCCUGCGAGCGCAGCCCGGCAGGACGCGAGGCCGAGCCCGGCGCGCCGCCCGCCCGGCCCCCCGCCCCCGGGCCGCCCCGCGGGGCCGUGCGGCGCCUCGACCCGACCUACGCGGGGGGCGGCAGGGCGGGCUACGUGCUCUACGCCGGGGGACAGCGCUUCCUGCUCGACCUGGAGCGCGACGGGCCGCGCUGCCACUACCGCGGCACGGUGGACGGCAGCCCGCGCUCGCUCGCCGUGUUCAACCUCUGCGGCGGCCUCGACGGCUUCUUCGCCGUGGGCCGCUCCCGCUACACCGUGCGCCCGGCGCGCCGCGCCGCGCGGGGAGAGGCCGGAGCGCGGAUCUACGGCGAGGGCCCGGCCCGCGCCCCUCACGUCUUCCGCAGGGAGCGCUUCAGCUUCGAGACGGUGCCGGCCCGCACCAGCUGCGAGACCCGGGACCCCGCCAGGCCGGCGGGCGGGGACGGGCGGCGGCGGCGGCGGCGGCGCUCCGUGUCCCGGGCCCGGCAGGUGGAGCUGCUGCUGGUGGCCGACGCCUCCAUGGUGCGCAAGUACGGGAAGGGGCUGCAGCACUACCUGCUCACCCUGGCCUCCAUCGCCUCCCGGCUCUACGCGCACGCCAGCCUGGAGAACCACGUGCGGCUGGCCGUGGUGAAGGUGGUGGCGCUGGGCGACAAGGAGAAGGGGCUGGAGGUCAACAGGAACGCCGCCACCACGCUCAAGAACUUCUGCAAGUGGCAGCACCAGCACAACCAACUCGACGAUGACCACGAGGAGCACUACGAUGCCGCCAUCCUCUUCACCCGUGAGGAUUUAUGUGGGCAUCAUUCCUGUGAUACCCUGGGAAUGGCAGACGUUGGGACCAUCUGCUCCCCCGAGCGCAGCUGCGCGGUGAUUGAAGACGACGGCCUCCACGCCGCUUUUACGGUGGCUCACGAAAUUGGGCACUUGCUUGGCCUCUCCCAUGACGACUCCAAGUUCUGUGAGGAGAACUUUGGCUCCAUGGAAGACAAGCGCCUGAUGUCCUCCAUCCUGACCAGCAUUGAUGCUUCCAAACCCUGGUCCAAGUGCACUUCAGCAACUAUCACAGAGUUCUUUGAUGAUGGCCACGGGAACUGCCUGCUGGACCAGCCCAGGAAGCACAUCGUGGGCCCCGAGGAGCUGCCGGGGCAGACGUACGACGCCAUCCGGCAGUGCAAGCUGGCGUUCGGCGCCGAGUACACCGUGUGCCCCGGCAUGGACGUGUGCUCGCGCCUCUGGUGCGCCGUGGUGCGCCAGGGACAGAUGGUCUGCCUCACCAAAAAGCUGCCUGCCGUGGAGGGAACCCCCUGUGGCAAAGGGAGGAUCUGCCUCCAAGGGAAAUGCGUGGACAAAACCAAGAAGAAAUACUACUCGGCUUCAAGCCAUGGCAACUGGGGAUCCUGGGGACCCUGGGGACAGUGCUCCCGUACCUGUGGGGGUGGAGUUCAGUUUGCCUAUCGCCACUGCAACAACCCAGCCCCCAGGAACAACGGGAGAUACUGCACGGGCAAGCGAGCCAUCUACCGCUCCUGCAACGUCACUCCCUGCCCUGCCAACGCUAAAUCCUUUCGACAAGAGCAGUGUGAAGCAAGGAAUGGCUAUCAGUCUGAUGCAAAGGGGGUCAAGACUUUUGUGGAAUGGGUUCCCAAGUAUGCUGGAGUACUGCCUGGAGAUGUCUGCAAGCUCACCUGCCGAGCCAAAGGAACCGGUUAUUAUGUGGUAUUUUCUCAGAAGGUCACUGAUGGCACGGAGUGUCGACCUUACAGCAACUCAGUGUGUGUCCGAGGGAAGUGCAUCCGAACGGGCUGUGAUGGCAUCAUUGGGUCCAAGCUGCAGUAUGACAAGUGUGGGGUGUGUGGGGGAGACAAUUCCAGCUGCACAAAAGUCAUGGGAACCUUCACCAAAAAGAGCAAGGGCUACACGGACGUGGUGAAGAUCCCGGAAGGGGCGACCCACAUCAAAGUGCGGCAGUUCAAGAGCAAGGACCAGAGCAGGUUCACGGCCUACCUGGCCCUGAAGAAGAAGAACGGGGAGUACCUGGUCAAUGGGAAGUACAUGAUCUCCACCUCGGAAACCAUCAUCGACAUCAACGGCACCGUCAUGAACUACAGCGGCUGGAGCCACAAGGACGACUUCCUGCACGCCAUGGGCCACUCGGCCACCAAGGAGAUCCUGAUCGUGCAGAUCCUGGCCACCGACCCCACGCAGCCCGUGGACGUGCGCUACAGCUUCUUCGUGCCAAAGAAACAGGGGCAGCUGGCAAACUCGGUGCCCAGCAGCGGCGGCGGCAGCAAAGCGCCGGCGCCGGCCGCGCAGCCCCGCUGGGUCACGGGGCCCUGGCUCUCCUGCUCUCGAACGUGCGACACGGGCUGGCACACCAGGACUGUCCAGUGCAAGGACGGGCACGGCAAACUGGCCAAGGGAUGUCUGCUCUCACAGAGACCCUCAGCGUUCAAACAGUGCUUGCUGAAAAAGUGCUAACCUGUGGUGGUGACCUUCUUUCCAAGAGGUUUGAGUAAGCCGUUGUUGGCGUGCCGGUGUCAGGUCUGCCCACACAGAGAGAAGCAAAGGCUUCAAUGUACUCGUGUUCAGUCUCGAAUUAUGGGCAGAAUCUGCCUAUUUGGACCAAAUGAAGAUGUGCACUGCUUUAAAUAAUAGUAGGGUGGUCUUAAUGUGUCAAAGAAAGUAAGCAUUAAAGUUGUUAUAAGCCCUCUGUGUCUGCAAAAACGUAAAAUAAAAUAAUGCAAAAGAAGAAAAACUAGUGAAUGGAGGAUCCUGGGAUAUUUGAAGGUUACAGAAUCAUCUCCCCUUUUUCACCUACCUCUACUACAGUAUGUCCUUAGGAAAUGUCACAUGUCCCCAUGAUCCCACAGUAGCUUAUUUUAUACUGUUUUGUAAAUAUCUUUCAUUUGGUAUAUCACUUUAUAUCACUUCCUUCUAUUAAAGAAAUCAAAAGACAAACUACAUAAGCAAAAUGAUUGACCAAAGUAUAUCUGCAGCCCUUGUGGACUCGGUCCAUCCUUCAGAAAGGGCCACAGAUGUUUUACUGGAAAACGAAGAGCUUGCUGCUGGUUUUAAAAAGUGAUACCUUUUGGUUUUGACAAAAGGAAAUACAUUUUUGUGGUAGGAAUUUCCUGACAGUAUAUCAAUAAUGUCUGACAAAUCCUGUGUUUGCACCCCAAAAUUCUCAGGAGGAGCCUCGCAGCAGCUUGCAGAGCAGGGAACCCCACCUUGCUCCAACAGCAGGAGCAUCAGCAGCUCCUCCCUGUGCACGUGUCAGGCAUGCACAGAAGGAGGAGGCUGCCAGGAGGAGUUUGUGUACACUGUGCUUGUAAACCUCCCUGGUUCCAGCUGUGUCACAGCCUGGGCUCCUUGUUGUCACUGAACAAGAGCUGCUCCAGCUGCUCCUCUCCACCAAACAAAGGCAUACUGUACUUUGUAGAAAACUAGUUAGAGAACCAAAAUUUACAGGUGAGGUAAUAGAGUGUCUCCUGACUCAGAUAUUCUGAGGCUGUGUUCAGCUGCUUUCUCUGGUAUUUUCUCUAUGGCUUCUGCCUUGAAUUUAACAAUGUGUAAUGUACCUACAUCUUUUCAAGAGGCUCUCAAGGUCAAAAAAACACAGCAAGCAGUUAAUAUUUUAUCACUGUUUUGUCCAUUGUGUCUAACUCUGGUAUUCAUCUUACCAGCAAAAGUUUGUAACUGUUUGUCUUUUUUUUUUAAAUUGUUUUGUGUGUGUUUUGGGGUUUUUUUAAAGCUAUAGAAGGCAUUCAUGUUUUGUAUAUCUACCACAUUUGGGAGGAAGAGGGGUCACUAGGAAGUCAAACCACAUCAGGAUGUGGAGGACUUGUCCAAUAUCAAUAAGACUGUUUCCACAGCAAAGGCAGUAGCUGGUAACAGUUUUCCUUGGCAGCAAUUCCUGAAUCCUGUUAUUGUCUUUGGGAAGUUCUGUGACUGAGGAUGGGCAUUUCACCCUGUGCAGGUGGAGGCCUGAGAGCAACCCUGGUAAAAUUGUUCUCUUUAUUAUCAGCAGGCUUUGAAUUGGACCCCA